AUCAGUGACAUAACCAAAAAAGAUACAACCUAAAAGUCAAAGAACCAAACCUUCCACCAUUCACGUUAAGAGGUUGAUAAUAUGAGCUGGUUUCUACCUUGCUUUACUGACACAGGAAUCUAAGAAUGAAGAAAAAGAAGCAAAAGUAGACAAUAAAGCAAAUACAAAUUUUGCAUAGUUUGGACAAAAGAACCUUUUACCCACUUGUGUUGUGAAGUCCCAUUAUUAUCUUUUACCAACACAAUCCCACUCUUUCUAAUCUCAGAACUUCGGUACUAACAAGUUAAACCAGCUAGAACCUAAAGAAAAUGGCUAGAGUAGGAGGCAUUUUUGUUUGUCUCCUCAUUGUUAUCAUGGAUGUAGCAGCUGGGAUUCUUGGCUUCGAAGCUGAAACAGCACAAAACAAGGUUAAGCAUUUGAAGGUGUGGAUAUUUGAAUGUAGAGAGCCAAGUCAUGAUGCUUUCAUGCUGGGGUUGGGUGCAGCAGUGCUUUUGGGACUUUCUCAUGUUAUAGCCAACUUGUUAGGUGGCUGUAAUUGUGUUUGUUCUCAACAAGAAUUUGAGAAAGCUUCCUCCAAUAAGCAACUCUCUGUCAUUUGCCUUAUUUUAACCUGGGUGGCGGCGGCAGCUGGAUUAUCAAUGUUGGUGAUAGGGUCCAUGUCAAACAACAGGGCAGAUGGUUCUUGUGGUUUGUCACACCAUCACUUUCUGUCCAUUGGGGGGAUAUCCUGUUUUGUCCAUGGUUUAUUCUGUGUUAUAUAUUACAUUUCUGCAACUGCCUCUACGGAUUAGCAUUUUUGUAACAUUAUAAUAACAUCUAGAAGUCACUUAGUUAUUCUUGUAUUAGUGCUUUUGGAGUAUGUUUAGAAGAGUUUCUUACUUGUUGUAAUGAGAAAAGGAUUCAAUCAUAUUAGAUGUUCAUCAUA